UCUUGAUCGCCUGGUCUCUGAGAUUCACUUGUUUUGCGGCAGUGUAUUCAUAAACUGAAAGAUGGUACACCAAGUGAAGGGAGUUACAGCCGCCGAGCUGUCUCGCGCAACAUGGGCUUUCGCAUUCCUGUUGGUCACGAUGCUAUUCUUUACAUGGGGGUUUGCUUACGGGCUUCUCGAUGUGCUGAACAAGCAUUUCCAAGAGAUAUUUGGGAUCUCGAAACUCCAAUCCACGCUUCUGCAGCUUGCGUACUUUGGAAGCUACUUCGGAUGGCCACCUUUUGCUGGCAUGUUUAUGAGACGAUACGGCUACAAGAAGGGAAUUCAUCUCGGACUCACUUUCUAUUCACUGGGUGCUGUAUUCUUCUGGCCUUGCGCUGUAUAUUCGACAUACGGUGGCUUUGUGGGCUGUACCUUCGUCAUUGGAUGCGGCCUCUCAACUCUGGAGGUCGCAGCCAAUUCGUAUAUUACUGUUCUGGGGAGCCCCAAAUACGCAGCAGCACGUCUCAACUUCAGCCAAGGAUUCCAAGGCAUCGCAUCAUUCGCUGGGCCUAUGAUUGCCUCUCGCUGGUUCUUCACUGGUGAGAGCGCCAACAGUCUGGGCACUGUCCAAUGGGUGUACUUGGCUGUUGCUGCCUUCGGCUUGGUGCUCAAUGUUCUCUUCUUCUUCUGCCCGUUGCCGGAGAUCACAGAAGACGCACUAUCCGAAGAGCUAAAGGGCGCGGGAAUCUCGCAAGAUACCAAGCCCUUCUGGCAACAAUGGCAUUGCAUCUUUGGAUGGGUUGCUCAGACAGCUUAUGUCGGUGCUCAAGUUGGCGUCGCAAGCUUCGUGGUUAACUACCUUACCGACCCUCUGCAAGGAUCAAAUUAUGACGAUUCUACGGCUUCUCAGCUAUUUUCAUACUGUCAGAUUACGUUUACGGUUGGCCGUUUCGUUUCCGUGCUUAUACUUCAAUACAUCGAUCCUGCAAUCAUGCUCACCAUUCACGGGCUAGCUUGCUCGCUCUUUUGUUGCUUGACAGCGGAGUUACGUGGCAAAGCUGGUGUUGUCUGCCUCUUCCUUCUGUUCUAUUUCGAGAGCUUGUCGUACCCAGUCAUUUUCACGCUUGGCACGAAGAAUCUAGGGAGGUGGACAAAGGCAGGCUCUAGCCUGAUUGUCAUGGGUGUAGGAGGAGGUGCUUGGUAUCCUCCUGCGCAAGCUGCAUUGGCAGACCGCGCUGGGACACCCCGCUCCUAUUUGGUUCCCAUGAGCGGUUACUUGGCUAUGUUCCUUUAUGGGGUGGGCGUGGUCAUCGACCAGGCCCAUAAGUACGGAUUCCGGAUCCGGUCAUAUGAUGAAUUGGAAGUCAUGAAGCUCAUGGUCGCUGCUGCUUCGGCAUUCCCGCCUGGUACCAUCAUGUAUGGUGAAGGCGAGAUGAACAAAGGCACUGAUAGUCCCACUGAGGUGGAGAAGAAGGAUAUUGAAUACCGCGAGAGUACCAGACUGGCUUGAUCGCUGCGUCUCAAGUAUGAAGCGCAACUCGUCAUGGCGGGGGGCUGAUACGGAUACAUUGCUUGAAUGUAGGAUACACAUAUUAUAGAGGACAGCGUCAUCUAGGCACCUAAAAGGAAAGGAUCCAGCGAUAACAAUGACCUCUUUUCAUCCAUUAUCUUUGCUGUCCACCCCAGCAGCAGGCGCGGCAGGCGGUGGCGUGAGAGUUAUACUUCCUGGGCCGGAAACGUUGAUUGCAGACUUGCCAAGCUUCAGCUUCAGCUUCUUGCCUUCUUCCUUGCUCGCUCCCAGUAUGGGUAUGGACUUGGGCAACGUGAAUCCAGUAUCCACUAUCUGUUCCACUGUACCACGCCGCUUGUUACUGCGGUCAAGGGCACCCAGGAAAUCGUCUUCGUCAUCUUCAUCUCGCUUUCGUUUCUCACCGGGGCGCGGCGGCGACGAUUCGCGAGAGCUGGCGCGAGGUGACGGCGGUGGAGACUUGUGUCCAAAUUUGGAAGGUGGUGGUGAUGGCGUCCUGACACCAUUACGAGGGGUAUGGAGGGACGCAGAUUCGGAACCUAGUGCGGGACUACUUCGACGACGAGCAAUGGAAGGUAUCGGUAGGGAGGGAGAGGGUGGCCCCUUUGAUGGCUUGAUGCCAUUGGUAUACAACGGACGAGGCCGCAGAAUGUGUCGAACAGUAGGUGAAUCUGCUCCUCGAGCAGCAGCGGAUAGCUCUUGUGGUGAUGGUGCUUGAGGAGAGCUGGAUGGGUUUUCUCCAGUGUCUUUAUGCACAUCAUCAUCGUCAUCGUCGUAGUCGACCAGAGAUGCAGGGCGUGGUGGAAUUAGCCGAGUGGGUCCAUUGGUCCCUUUCAGCGAAGCUUUGCGUUUGUGACCUUUUGGUGUCUCAGCGGCAGGCAUGGGCCCGAUCUCUUCGUCAUCGUCAGAACCGUUGAAGUAGUCUUCUUCCUCUAUCUCAACAGAUUGGCCUUGUCCCCAGCGCAUGAGAGGCGCGCCAGCAGCUGGUCUAAUAGGCUGCGACUGCUGGGUCGCGCUGUCCGUAUUUUGCUCCCAUCUUAACACCAGGCCUUCAAAUAUCCUACCCAUGGGCGUUUUGUCUCGCGCAAUCUGUCGGACUGUACUCGGAUAAGACGUCAUGAUGGCAUUGAUGACAGUGCGAAUAUUCUCCUUCUUGAGAUAGUCAAAGUACUCCUGAUAGCAAGCCGACAAAAGGCUGUCAUUGUCAGACUCCCUACCAGCCAGCUCAACAAGUGGGAAGAACAGGUCCUUCCCGAUUAAGUGGCGAAAGAUGAACUGAUUACCGACCUUGAGGAGAGAGCGAAAGAAUCGAAGUGCGGCGAUGCGGAUUUGUUUCUCUUUGACAAGCAGAAGCAUGGCGAUGCGCGAGGAGAUGACCGAACUCAUGAUGAAAAAAGAACUGCGAUGCGUAUGCUGGACAGCAAAAGUUGCGAGCAGCUCGGUGAGGUAGAGAAUGUGCGGGACUUGUGGCUUGCUGAGUCGGGGACCGGGUGGCAAGGUAGGAGGAUCCUUCUUUGCUAGCUGAAACUCGGGCAAUCUCAGCAGAGGGCUGAAGAAAUCUCUGACAGGAUCCCCCUGAUAAAACCAUGUAAGGAAUCGCUCGAUGGUCGAAUCUUCCCUUGCCCGAACGAGUGCGUCCGGAGGCACAGGUCCAUCCGUUCCGAUAACCUCAAGCAAGGUCUUGGUCGCAUCCGCCAUCUGGCUCUUCAGUGCGACGUCAAGUCCCGGUGCGAGCAUUAGCUGCUGCAUAGUAUCCAGGAGGGUUGAUUUGCGCUUUGCAGAACCCGCCAGGGAUGACGGGGUAUGUAUCGCACCGAUUGCCGAAGCGCCGACCUGGUUCAGGAUGUAGUUGCGAACAGCGGCGGCAUCGUGGUCGACAACUACGCUGAGAAGCUCUCCCGUUACGCUCCGAAUCUGAGGUACCUCCGAAAGAAGGCCCCAAUUGAAGGCGUUGACCAAACCCUUUUCGACAAGUCGGCGGUAGAGUGUGAUCCGCAACGGCACUUGCACAGACUUCGCCAUCAUACAAAGUUGAUGGAGGAGAAGUAUGAGAUCCCCACGUUUGUCCGGCUUAGAAGGAUCAUCCAGCUGUCUGGCUUUGCCCUUGUCCGAGGUUUCGUCAAAAUAAGAGAAGAUCUCUCGCAGAAUCGAGUCGUCCGCGCUGAUGUAUUGGAUGAUGUCAACUUGUUGGUAGAGCAUACAACUCUUCAGGACGUUGAACACCGGGUCAUCCAGAACGCGGGCAAGGACGACAUCCAUGAGAAACUGGAGGCGGUACACGUUGUGCACUUUUCGAAGAAUGCCGUCAUCCUUCAGGUCAAUUACUUCUCGGAAACGGGUAACAUGUUGCACAAAGUCUCGAUAGCCGGCCUUGACAUUGGGGAAAUCAGGGUCGUAUUCAAGCAUCCCGAGGACACCGAGGAAGACAUCAUCUUUGACGAUAUAAUCGUACAUGCCAGGGUCGUUCAACAAUAAUAAUGUCUGCGCCAGCUUGCACAGAGCGUGUAGGUCUUCCAGACUUUCGAGGUCCUCAGCUUGAUCGUGUACUUCUAUGCACUGCUUCCAGAAGUCCCGUGCCACUAUUGCCUCGCAGAGCUUCUGCUUUGUGCUCGGAUUGCGCCCCACGAGCUUGAACGCCGCCUCAAUUUCGGGCAGAUUUCCGAGCUGGGGAACAGGAAGUUCUUGAUGUUGAAUCAAGUUAGAGAUCAUUAUCUGGACAUCGGAUAUGGGUAGUGGGAGACGUUCUGGUGAGCUCACGGACGACGUCGAGAAUGGCGAUGACGCCGCGGCGGGAGGAGAUAAGCCAGAUACAGAGGACUCGGCAUCGUCACGACUGGAAAGCAUAUGCGUCUGCACAUCGAGGAUGAAGUCCCACACAUCGGCGCAGCCCUCGGAAUCCUGAAAUGAGAGCGCGUAGUCCUGUCCAUCCGGCUCAGUCCAGGUGAUGAGAGUUGGUGGACCUUGAGUGUCAUUCGUCUGCUCCGAUUCUCGCUGGUUACUGUUAUUACCGUGCGUAACCUGAUACACGUCCUCUUUGUGUAUUGGCCUUCGCAAAAUUUCAUGCCCAUCGUCUUCUGCUGAGACCACUAGUUCUGCGCGAUCGCGGAUAGCUUCGUACACGGUCGUUACAAAUCCGGUGCCCAGAUCUCGCCAGCCACCUUCGAUAAGCUCAUAUACCUUGACGCGGUUCUGACUCCCAUUUACGAGCCUAGAAAGGUUCCCACGCUUGUUCAACCCAUCAUCGUCAAGCUCCAUAUCGUCCGCCUCGUGUACUUCCUUCCUCUCCGUCCGUAUGAGUCGCUCGCCAUUCGUCUUUCCUCUCCGCUCCUGAUUUCGCUUCCUACCAAGGUUUGGCCCAGCCUCCUGGCGCGUGGGCAUCACAGCCCUCCUGUUGACCUCUUUCUCCUUUUGCUCACUAUUGCGCACACGCUCUGGAUGUAGAGACUCGCUCUUGCGUGGAGGGGAGUU